AUGAUUUCCUUCCUAGCAAACGUCCAGCAUCUUCUUCUCCGGUUAGGUGGCUGGAGUCUCUUCGCGGGGAUUAUCUACAUCGUCGGCAUCUGUAUCUACCGACUGUACUUCCACCCAUUGGCCAAAUAUCCGGGCCCUUUCUUCGCCAAAAUCACGACAUGGAGGGCUGUAUACCACGGCAAAUCCGGGGAUCUCCAUGUUGAUAUUUGGCGGUGUCAUCAGAAAUAUGCUCCACACCGCAUUGUCUUUGCCUCCAGCACUGGGUUCCACGACAUCUACGAUUUCGGCAAGAAUGUCCAAAAGAGCCAGUCCUACCGCAGCAUCCCCCUCAUCAAAAACGCCUACAGCACCCUAAAUGUCGUCGACAAGAAAGUCCACGGCAGAAAACGUCCCAUUCUAAGCCAAGGCCUCUCCGACCAGAAUCUGAAACUGCUGGAAGCUUCAUUGCUCAAAGUUGUUGACCACCUAUGUGACCGCUUGAGCGAGAAGCAGGACAACUUCAGUCCAGAAGUCGCCCGUGACACGGAAGAUGGAUGGACGUGUGCAAAGAACAUGGCGGAAUGGAGCGACUUCUACACGUUCGACGUCAUGACCGAGCUCGUCUUCGGCCGUUCCUUCAACACCCUCGACACGAACACCCACCACUACAUCCUCGACGGGAUCAUGUCCCAGAUGCGGCGCAUGUCCCUGCUGACCGAAGAGCCGCUGAUCGAGAAACUCCACCUCGGCCGCUUUCUCUACCCAGGGGCCAUGGCCAAGGCCCUCCGCUUCUCGCAGGCCGGUCGCUCGAUCAUGGAGGAUCGCAAGCGACACCCGAAUCCGGGGGCCGCGGAUAUCUGCACCAAGCUGCUGUCCGCGAAGGACCCGGAGACGGGCGAGGGGUUUCCAUUCCAGGAACUGUGGGCGGAGAGUAAUCUGUUGAUUGUUGCUGGCUCGGAUACAACCUACACGGCGAUGGCAGCAGCAUUCUUCUACCUCUCGCGCUGCCCCAUGGCAUUGAGUCAAGCCACUCACGAGAUCCGCCGUGCAUUCACGUCCAUCAACGACAUCCGCCCCGGAAGCCCCACCCUCGCCUCCUGCAGUUACUUCCGUGCCUGUAUCGACGAGGCCAUGCGGCUGACGCUCUCCGUGGCGGGCGCGCUCUGGCGCGAGGUCCUGCCCGGCGGAGCGAUGGUCGACGGGGAAUUCGCCCCGGCGGGCAUGGAAGUCGGGGCGGGCAUCUACGCCCUCCAUCAUAAAGCGACGUACUUCCCGGAUCCGUUCGGCUUUCGUCCGGAGAGGUGGCUGGCGAGUUCGCCCGGCGGAAAGGGGGUGGAUCCGAGUGCGUUCGCACCGUUCUCGGCGGGGCCGAGGUCGUGUGUGGGGAAGAGACUGGCCAUGAUUGAGUUUACGGUGGUGCUGGCGAGGAUUCUCUGGCGGUUUGAUUUGCGGGCUGCGGCUGGGGAGUUGGGGAAGGUCGGGGAGGGGAAGGGGGUCAGAGUGGGUGAGUAUCACACCGAUUGGCGCUUUACUAGCAAGAAUGAUGGACCGUAUAUCCAGUUUAGGGAGAGGGGGGUGGUGGUGUGA